AUUGAUAAUGAAAACUUAUUAAGUGAUUGGAUUACUCCUGAUACGAGAAUGGGUUUUAUUAGGGGAAAUUAUUUAGAUGUCUAUGGAGUUGCAUUUGUUUUAUGUUUAGUGUUAUGUGGUGGUUUUGCCUAUGCUUUAUUGACAAUUGUUAGAUUCUUUUAUCUUAGAUUUAGAAGCAGAAAUGUAAAUUCUCAAACAUCCUUAAAACCCAAAAGAGA